CUUUGCUGCGGAACACAAGAUCCAGGGCACGAGGUUGGAUCCAGAUCCAACUCCUUUUACGUUAUGAACUUUGUUCCACCUGAUGAACCUGCAUACAUGUUUUUUUCCGCCCUCUUUUCCCUCUUUCCCGUUAAUGCUUCACACUCCAGUCCAGCUGGUGGCGGUAAUACACCAGAAGUUGGCUUGUCAACCGCCAUUAAAUAGUACAAGAAGAAGAACCUGCAUAGAUAUUUGUGGAGUUGCAGACCGUGGUCGCCAACGUUAACACUUAUCAAUAUGCACAGAACAGUGUUGCUGCAGGAUGAGAAGAUUGCCUUUCAGAGAUGCCAGAGCUGUUGCUCUAAUUACCAUUGCCCAUUCUGCGGACCAAAAGUGUUCAAACCCACCAUGAAUCUUCAUGUGGUGGACAAUCAUGUCUGCAACCACUUAUCUUUGGCAGUUCACCAUGAAGAAUUCCUGAUUGUCAAGUGCAACUUGCAGUGUAGAGAACAGGCACAUUUUCACUGUUGUUAUUGCCCAAACACAGUUAUAAGGAAAGUCCAGAUUGUAAAACAUUUAGCAUCUUGCAAAAAAAGACAAGUUCCACCUACAGAACCAGCCACUGUUGAACCAGCUACAAUCAGUGAACCAGUCACCUGUGAACCCAUUGUCCCCAGUGCAUCAGUUGCCACCAGUGAACCAGUUGCCUUUAAAGAAUCAGCUGUGGCUGAAGGUGUCCCCUUGCCUAUUAAAUCCCUGCUUGUUCCCAAAAAAUUGCGUAUUCAGAAAAAAGUGCAGUGCGGUCAUUGUGGAAUAACUGUCAACAAGAAAAAUCUAGAUGUUCAUGUUAAAAGAAAGCACGCUGGUAAGAUCUGUGAUGUUAUGGAAGAUCGUCACCUACCUUCAGAGUGCAUCGACCCAGUGAGUGGUAUAUAUGCUGUUGAAAAGUCAUUUUACAGACCAUGUUCUGUAAUCCAUGUUCAGAAAAAAACCUCAGGUCCACAUCCUGUUGUCACAUGUGAAAUGGAUGAAUGCAUUUCCAGUGUAGAAUUUGCCGCUCAAAGUGGCUUUCAGCACUUUGAGUGUAUACAUUUGAAGUCGCUGCAGUUCUGUCCAUGGCCCAACAAGAUACCAGUUGUCCUUGAUGAAGAUGUUCUGGUAGACAUGAUAGCCCCAAAUGUCUUUGGGGAACAGACCAAGGCAACCUGUGUGGCUACAAAGGCAGCAGCAAAUUUGGCUGGUGUUCCGUUGUCUGUUGAGUUGACCAUUGGAGGUCCUUCUACAAAGAAGUACAUUUCUGUGUAUGAAUCCAAAGUGUCAUACUACAGCAGACUUGGUAGAGUCAUUGCUUCCUAUGACAGCACUCGCAACACAUGGCAUUGUCCCUGUGCUAAGCCAAGAGGAUCUUGUUUGCACCAAAACAUAGCCAGGUGGCAUCUUUUCCAGCUGCACAAGCAGUUGUUUGUGUCAUUACCUGUCGACAGACAUGCACAGUGCCUAGCACAAGAACAUGCUUGUUGAGAGCUCUCAAUGCAGAACACAUGAUCCAGGGGGCGUGGUUGAAUCCAGAUUUAACUCCUCCCAUGUUACAUAUACCUAAACUUACUAGUCUCCACCCCGUGAUCCCUAAACCCAUCAACCUCUACCAUCUCCACCCGCGGAUGUGAAUCCAACCACACCCCCUAGAUCUUGCGUUCUGCAGUGAGGGGGCUACUGAGCUUGUCAGGAAAGUACCAGAUUGGAUUAUCCCCUAGUGGUUAAGGUUUCAAACAGAUGAAAAACAAAACACUACCAGCCAAAACUCCCAACACAAAUACUGUACAUCAUGGGCUCAUUUACAUUCCCAAACACCUUGUGCCAAAGAAGACUGUUUGCUCUGAAUGUACGGGCCAGUGUUGAUUACUUCUAAAGGAAAGCUUAUAACAUACACCGGCAUUGUUGAGGGAUUUUCAACAUACAAAAUGUGCAGCAACUGUGUCUAAAAUAUUGUUAUCAAGAGUGGACUGAUGGUCUGCACAAUUUUGAGGAUCAUUUUCUGAUGUCAUUACACAUGUGGAUUACCCUGCGCCAUUCACUCCAGCUGUAUCUGGUGCAGGGAGUGUACAGUUAUCAUCACUACAUGCAGGAUCGUGUGGAUGAUGAUGGCUGGGGAUGUGCAUAUAGUUCCCUUCAGACUAUCUACUCUUGGUUUUAGGAGCAAGAAUAUGUGGAGACAGCUGUGCCCACACACACAGAUCCAGCAGGCUCUUGUGGAUGAUGGGGAUAAAGAGCCAUGAUUUGUGGGUUCACAUCAGUGGAUUGGCUCCAUCAAAGUUCACGCUGUCCUUUACCAGCUGCUGGGGGUCACUUUAAAGAUCAUGCUUGUCAGGCGGUGGAGUACUUGCGCACACUAUUCUAGGCAUAGCAUGGAGUGAGAACACUGGACUAAUACGCUUUCUUAUCUUGGACUCUCACUAAACUGGUGGAGAUGACCUGCAGGACUACCACUGACAAAGGCUGGUGUGGAUGGAGGGGGCCAGAUUUCUGGGAUCAAAAGGCUUUUUACAACCUCUGCCUUCCCCAGAGACCCAAGACCAUCUGAGUCACGUGCAUGACACUUAUCCACUUUUAUUGAUACACAAGAAUUAUCAUUUCAAUUAUCAUAUCAAGGAGUGCAAACUGACAUGUCAUAAAAAAGUUUUACAAAAAACA